AUUUGAGUCGGUAGGGAGGGAGAAAAGCUCAGAGGGGUGGAAAGGAAAGCGAGGGAAGAAAAGAUGGGAACACGGAACAAAGAAAAAGUGGGUUUCGGGAAAGGAUGGAAGAACGGAAGCCCGAAUAUCAAGCGUCUUUGAGAAGUGGAAGGAAGGAAGGAGGGAAGCAAGGAGGGAAGGAGGUUAGAAUAACAAGCAACUCAGAGGGAAGAAGGCAAGAAAGAAAGGAACGGCGUCAGAAAGGGAAAAAAAACGACAAAUAUAAUAACAUGGGGGAAAAAAAUAAGGCGUGUAAAGUAUCGGUGAAAAGCAGAUUGUUUCCUAAACUUUUUGACUCGCGCGAGCGGGUGACGAAGGCGGGGUUACCGUGGCGACCCGCUUCGGAAAGGUGGGGGCGGAGCUUCCAGCAAAGUCCACUCCGCCGUAAGAACGAGACCGCUUGACCGCGAACUGCCCAAAUCUGUGUUCCGAGUGGCCACAUUUUGCAGCGUUGCCAUCGCGCGAGACCGACUAAUAAACACGUUUAGCGGACCGACUCGAAGGAGGCCAGAUUUAGGGCAAGCUAGAUCAUCAGGGCGCUGAUGGAGAAGCUCAGGGAAGAGUUUGAGCAGAUCGUAGGCGAGCUGGAGUGGCAGGACGUUGCGGACACCCUGCAAGAGUUGUGCUCCAACAUCAUGUGCGACCCCACCAACACUCCCCCUCCUCACCCUCCCAGCCAGCACCCGCCCUCAAACCCCCCUCCGUCCGCCGUGUAUGCGGGGAUGCCCUUCGACGCCCGCCCUCCGCCAGCCCGCUUCCCUCCGCGGUUGCCCUUUGUCCCGCACGCCCAGUUAGUGCCGCUUCCCGGCAUGCGAUACGGGCCGCAGUUCAACCCGUACCUCAUGCACCCCUUUCACCUCGGCCGCCAGGCGGGGGCUCCUUUCCGUCUCCAGUACUUACCGUGUCAGAUGACGCCACAGGUCGUCCACAGCCAGCCGUCCUUCAGCUUCCCACCUGCGCCGCCGCAGCCGAAAAAAAGUCUGCCCGUGGUGCCGCUUCCCGAAGGCGCCACGCUGCACGCCGUGGGGAUGCUGAACGGGGAAGUGCUGUACGCGGCGGUGGACGCCUCCCAGCCCGCGCCCGCUCCUCUUCCUCCCGCGACGUCCACCCGCUCCUCCGGUCGAAAGCGAAAGUGCAAGCGGCGACGCAAGUCGGCCGCUGCCAAAAAGCCGCCCAACGCCUUCAUGUGCUUCCUCCGAGAGCGGCGCCCGGCGUUGAAGAGCCAGUCGGAGCAGAAGGACAGCGUGGCCGUCAACAAGUGCCUGGCCCAGCUGUGGACGUCGCUGAGCAAGGAGCAGCAGGCCAAAUACUACGAGCAGGCCUACGUGGAGAAGAAGCUGCGGGAGCAGAUGUCGUCCGACGGCUCCAGCGGCAGCGGCGGCGGCGACGACGACGACGAUGUCGUGCGUCCGCGUUCCCGUCGGGAACGCCGCGACGGGCCCGGCCUUUCCGACGUCUUAACGUGUGCGCAGGGCCCCAAAAAGAAGAGGCGGCGCUGCGACGCAGCAAAGCAUCAGGGCGGCGACGCCUGGAACACCGGCGAUGACGCGCCCGCCUCCUCCUGCUCUUCCUUCGAGUCCUCCUCCUCGUCCUCCUCGCUCUCUUCGUGGCUGGAGGCCGUCAUCACCGCCGAGGGCGCCGACUCUCCCGCCGCGCCGUGUCCCGCCUCGCCCGCCGCGCCCAACAAGUGUCCCGACUCGGGCGACGAAUCCGACAUCGAGGGCAUGGACGCCAAGCUGCUGCACCUGCUCGGAUGCUGUUAGUUUUGCCGUGGAUUUUAUCUUUGUGUUUUGUAAAGGGUCUGUAAAUAGUGUAUAAAAAGAUGUCAACUUAACUUUUUUUACUCUUCCUCCCUAAUUUCAUUAAAACGCGAUUUGGUGUCACGA